UCGCGCGGCUUUCACCGGAGGAUACCGGCUGUUCCGUGGAGUUUUGUUCGGCUCGUUUCGGCAGCGGCAUGCAGAAAGGUCUGAAAAAGUACUUCGUCAACAUGGACGAGUACCUGUCCAGUUUGGGACUCUACCGGAAGAUGGUGGCGCGGGACGCGUCCAGUCUGUUCCGGGCCGUGUCUGAACAGCUGUAUUACUCCCAGAACUACCACCAGAAGAUCCGACAGGACUGCGCUGACUUCAUGAGGACCAACAGGUGCAACUUUGAACCGUUUGUUGAAGGAUCGUUUGAGAAGUACCUGGAGCGUCUGGAGGACCCAAAGGAGACGGUGGGUCAGGUAGAGAUCAAGGCGCUGUCUCAACUAUAUAGACGGUGCUUCUUGAUCUAUCGUUACCCCGGGAAACCAGCCACCAUCAUCUCGGAGGAUGACUUCUUGGACCAGGUGAUGCUGUGCUGCUCCAUUAAUGGUCACUAUGACAUUAUAUACCCAAGAAGUUACCUCACCUCUGCCGCGCUCUGCCAGUCUCUCUUGUUCGAGCUGCUCUACACCCAGGUGUUUGGGUUGGAAGAAGAGGAGCUCAGUCUGGCCAUGGAGGCCUUCAAGAUGGGAGGUCGUCGCUAUAGAAACAGUCUUUCAGUGUGCAGCGACAUUGAUGUUGGUUACGACACACUCGAGGACCGCGGCUACAGAGAGGAGACUGAGACAGGUGUAACAGCUGAGGAAAAACCCCCAGCUGGAUCAGAUGACACAAAGCCUCCCUCAGAAGCCCCGCCCCCCUCCAGACUGUCUUUGCCUUACAAAGUGCUGAAGUCUUUGGAUGGGGAUGUUUACAGAAACCUGGAGUUCGAUGUGUGGCAGGACACCUGUAAAGAGAUGCAGAAGAUGGACUACAUGGUGUUUGCAGGUCGGCAGUACUUUCUGGGAGAUAAGUGUCAGGUCCGUUUGGAACCAAAGGGGAAGUACUACAACGCUUUCAUCCAGGAAGUUGGAACUCACUCUGCAGCCGUCACGGUGUUCAUCGAGGAGCUGGGAGAGAAGCACCUAGUCCCUCUGACCGAUCUCAAACCAGUUAAUCCAGUCCCGGCUUGGAACAUUUCGGGGCCCGCCAGGAAGGGAGAUCUAGACUCAGACUCACGAAGCCAACGCCAUCAUCGCCAUCGGUACUUUAGGAAGUCUCGGGGUAGCAGCAGUGUAAAGGGGGCGGAGUUACUGAUGCUAUCUCCUCCUUAUGGAGGCCACACCCCCUCUGCUCUCCCUCCUCGCUUCCAACCUGCAGGUCAUCCCCGCCCACCAAUUCCACCAUCACCUGGAGCUUUGACCUAUGACCCCUAUGCCCCUCACCACCAUCACCACAACCCUCCUGCAGUCAGAACCCCGCGCUAUGGAGCUUCGAGAAGUUCCACGCGAUUUUUGAACCGUCACCUGAUUGGUCCACAACUGACUUAUUACCAUGCUGGCCGGCGAUAUUACCAUGACUACGAGAACUAUGCCUUCAGGUCCCGUCGCAGUCGGCGCCAGCUGGGGACCAAUAAGGAGUGUCAGUUUGGGUUGUCUGCAGAGACAGGGGAGGAGCCAAGUGGUCUGGAGGCAGCCAUCGCUUACUACCAGCUGGAUGACACCAAUGAUGCAGUUUUCACCCCGCUGACGAGUUCAGCUGUGGCUCCUCCUGCCACCAUUGGAGCUCCACCCACUUCUGCCUCCUACAGAGUUCAAAGGGCUCCAGGGCCCCUCCCUUCUAUGCCUCCACCUGGUACCAGCCCCAUCUGCUCUUCUGAGGAAGACCAGGAAGACACAAGUACUGUGGAAGACCAGGCCGAGUACACAGAGGAUUACAUGUACAGCAGUCAAGAUCAAAGUUUCCAGCCCUCAGGUGUCUAUGCUUCUGCUGAGCCCCCCUCCACUCAGGACGAGCAGGAAAGGGACACAGCUGACUCUCCGAACAGACCGCAGUUGAGCUACAGCUACACGCAGCAGGUUGUGAAGCCACUACCUGUCAUCUGCUCUUCACCAUCCUCCUCCUCCUCCUCGCCUUCCUCUCCAUCAUCUCGAGUACCUGCAGCACCUCACCUGCCGUCAGCUGCACACCUGCAGACACGCUCAGUUGCCAUGAUGAUCCCAGCUGCUGCUCCCUGGUUGCCGAAUGAGGUGGGUGAGCCAUUCUGUGCUGUGGUGGCUUCGCCCCCUUACUCCUAUGACCCAAACGGCAGUGAUUUACCCAGAGACUGCAGGGUCGUCCAGUAUUACUUCAACCUUGGCGUCCAGUGGUAUCAUCAGAACUGCUGGCAGCAGCAGGCGUACCCCCCUUCCUCACCUGACCCUGCAUACCCCUAUCAGCACUACCCCUCCUACUUGAGCCAGGAGCCCCCGCUCCACGCUGGACCGCCAUUCCCUGAGCCAGGCCGAGGUACUCACCAGUCCCCCUCCUACCCAGAAUCCUCCAGGACAGCAGAUGGACAGGUGGAAGGACACAGCGGUGGACCCACCCCAUCAGUGGAAGGACCUUCCUCCUCAAUUAGCCCUGCUCUUCCUGGCUCCGCCCCCUCCACAUUGCUCUAUCCAGAUCAGACUUCUAUCCCCCCUCCCACUCUGCUGCACCUGCCAUAUGAAGCAUCACCUGCAGCUUCUUACGUUUCCACAGCUCCUCCCCCCCUUCCACACCAUGCCCACAUCCCGCAUCACUCCUCUUACCACCCCUGCCUUCCUCCAUCCUCCCACUGGGGGACUGUAUCAGCAUCAGGACACGCCCCGCGGGUCUACUGCCCCUCCCCUAAUCCUGGCCAUGUGGUUGGUUACAUCACUACCCCUCCUCACCACACAACCACACACUACAUCCCCCCCGCCAUGUAAAGGCUGCGCGUUAGCUCAUGGCUAAUUGCACCAUUUGAUUUCAUUUAGCAAUGCUAGCUUUUCUACCGAUCACUUCAUG